GUGGUCCGUCAGAGAAAUUGCUCCGUAGUCAAACGUAGGUGGAGAACAACCAUAGGACAACUAGCAAUGGCAACAAUGAUUGAGGAAAACGGUCCGUCGACUCAUGAGCAGUCUGAAGGGUCCUCAUCGUCUGAGGCUCGGCAGAAACUCGAGGCUCUCUUGAACAAGAACAUGAGGAUCCGCAUGACAGACGGACGGACCCUGGUGGGGCUUUUUCUCUGCACAGACCGGGACUGCAAUGUCAUCCUGGGAUCUGCUCAGGAGUUCCUCAAAUCCACAGACACAUUCUCCCAAGGCGAACCAAGAGUCCUGGGCCUGGCCAUGAUCCCCGGUCACCAUGUAGUAUCCAUCGAGGUGGAGGCAGACAGCCUGGAGGACACGCAAGGAUUUGGAGCUACUUGUUGAAGAAGACCUGGACCACAGCAGGACUGUUCCCAGUAAUGCAGCUGAGGCGGAGUUUAAAGGAGAGAGGACAUGUUCACUGUGGGAUUUUGUCCCAAACAAAAUCCUGAACUCUUGUGUCAGUACUCUGGAUUUAUCCUCUCCGUCUACGCUGAAGAGGAAAUGACUGUAGUGACGUCUGUGGGAUGAGUGCAAACUGCGUGGGUGUGCCGUACGCGUGAUUGAAAAGGUGUGUUCAAACAGCAGCUACGUGGAUGUGUGGGUAAGCGUUUCAGUGUGAUGUACAGAAAAUGCUGUGUCUGAGAAAUUGUGUUUGUUAUUUAAGAAAAAAAGUAAAGAAAACUAACAGAAUACAACACCGGUCACAUUAGAAACAUGACUAAUAAAGAACAGAAACAUAAUUUGGAAAUGUCAUAUUGUAUGACAACAUUUUUUUCUGCAAAAAUAAAUUGAUACAAACCUGAA